UGUCUUGAACGUCAAAAGUGUCUCGAACUCUAUAAAAUGGAUUCUCGUAAUGUGUAUCAAUUAUUUAGUGCUACAUAUGAUUCUGAUCCAAAUGUGCAAAAGCAAGCAGAAGCACAACUAAAACAGGUAUUGCCAGUAUUGCCAGUUGAGGUAUCCGCUGGGUUCAUCCCUAUUCUUCUUCAAAUUUUGGCUUCACAAGAAACUACCGUUGAAACGAGGCAAGCUAUUGCAAUAUAUCUUAAAAAUCGUAUUCGUUCAUCUUGGGUAUCGGAUGAACCAUCAACGGUAAAUUUUGUCCUUAUUAAUCAACAAGAUCGGGAUGAUUUUAAAAAAAAUAUAUUACAUAUAUUAUUAUCUGUACCUAAUUCUGUAAGAAUUCAACUACUUGAUCCUUUGAGUAGAGUUCUUGAUAAUGAUUAUCCUCAUAAUUGGCCUGAUUAUUUAAAUCAAGUUAUUGCUCUUUUGACUUCCGGUGAUCCUAGAACUGCUUAUAUUGGCUUAUUGGCCUUACAACAAGUCGUUAAAGCUUAUCA